AUGGCGAAGGCCUCUUUGGCAGGUCUGCCGACCGAGCUCCGGCUACAAAUCCUGGCCGCAGCAACACCACAACUCCAUACGACGCCGGCCACAGAGUCCCCAUCAAUGCCAUUACACGGAUACAAUCCUUUGCUACUGGUCUCGCGACAGAUCCGCCAGGAGGCGCUUACUCUCGAGCAACCAACGGCAGUGACGACUGUUCACGUGAGUGACCUCGAUCGAGAAAUCGGAAGGCGUAGGGUCGAAGAGAGGGACUGGUUCCGGAAGCUUCUGGUUCGGGGAAUUGCGAACGAAGAUAGGGCGAAGGAUGUGGAGGCGAAGCUCAGAGAGUGCUGGACGCUUGUUGAGAGAGUCGAGCUGCCCUAUGACGGGGACGGCAAGACGACGCUCGAGUUGGAAGGAGUAGGAUUUCAAGCAACGGAGAUCGCAGCAUGCUUCAAUUUACGAGGCGCGUGCACGUGUUGGUCUUAUUACCCCUGGUAUAUGCAGGCUGGUGCUCAUAUGAUGGAGUGGGAACAACUCAACAGGAGAGCGACAGGGUGUCGGCUUCAGUGA